CGAGUUUGUCAUCGGAAGCAAAAGGGCCGUUAAUUAGAGCCGUUGACACUGCCGCGGCAAGCGUCGGGGGUUGCCGUCGUCGCCUCCUCUGGUCUCUCCUGUUCGUCAGCGCGUCAGCGUCAACAGUGCAGCUUAUCCCUACUCCCACUUCUCCCCUCGCUUUCGUCCUCGCAAUCAUCAUGACUCUCUCACUUAGUCUCGGCACCCCCGUGAAUACGGCUCUCCUCGCCUACAUCCUCUACUCCGUCCAGAAGCUCGUCUUCCCCUCCGCAUCAGCACCCAAGAAACUCCCUACCGAGUUCAAGAAUGGGUACUCAUGGAUGCCCAAGUCGCAUCCACCAACUGUCCUCUUCCAGACAUACACCCCCAAGACGCUCCAGAAGUAUAACGGCAUUGACGACCCACGCAUCAUGCUCUCUAUCAACGGCAUUGUGUUCGACGUAACUGCAGGUCGCAACUUCUAUGGCCCGAACGGAAUGUAUGGAAACUUUGCUGGCCAUGAUGCCUCGCGAGGGAUGGCUAAGCAGUCGUUUGACAUUGAGAUGCUCACGCCUAUCGACCAACCUCUUGACAAGCUGCAGGAUCUCCGCCCCGACGAAAUCGAAAACAUGAGAGGAUGGAUCGAGCACUUUUCAAACAAGUACAUCGUCUGCGGAAGGCUCGUCGAUAAUGAUGCUAUCUGAGCAUACCGCCUAAACCCAUAGACUCCUGCAUAUCUGCUUGUAUUAUGCCAUAGCUCUGCGUAAUCUCUUUCUGAUUCCUUG